AUGCGCAAUCCUCUAGCGCGUGAAAGCAAGCAUGCGUUUCUAGCCACCCCCCCUUCAUCACCGCCGUCGACCAUGACCAUGAUUGAUCAGACAGUUGACGAUGGCUGGCUGGACAUCUCCAAACAGCCCCACGGGGCUGCCAAGACCUUGAAGCAGGCCAAAUCCCUCCACAUCACCUUCAAGCAAGUCACAAGGGCACUCUCAAGCCUACGUGGCAUCGGGACAGACACCGACUCUGGGGGUCAGUGGGCUUCAGACAACAAUGAGAUCGAGUCCGAGAUCGAAUGCACUCCUGCCCAACAGGAGCAGCUCCGACGCGACCCCGAUGCCGCGAAAAGGCCCGCCGUCAUCCGUCUAGACCUGUCCACUGACAUGGUCAAGAGCUUCGACCAACUCCAUGAAGCAUGGCUUGCUCUAUCUCUACAGCACCAUAUCCUACGAACGACCAUCGUGAAGGAAAAGAACAAUGACGACUUCGUCCUCCGCAUAUUCAAGCGUCCGAGAAAUGUGCGGGGUGGUUUCGAUGCCAACUUCGAACACAUCCACACAUUCGGCUUCCAGGGGCCGGCGAUGCUGGUCGUCGAAUGGGCCAGCUUUACUCCCCAUGUCACUCUCUGCCUUCCUCAGCUGGUCGCCGAUAGCACAUCGUUGGGACACCUUUGGAGGGACUUCCUGUCUCUCUUGUCGGGUUGGAUCCCGCCACUAAGGCUCACGUUCCCACAGUACCUGAGCCUUGCUACGAGAAACACCAGUCGGGAAUCUGCGAGAGACUUCUGGGACAAGACACUCGGCUCCCUGCCCGAUGUUGUGGUGCACUCGUUCCCACUAGAGCGGCACCAGACCUUCCAAACCACGCGGGCCACCAGCCCCGUCUCCAUCAGCGGGUCAUCCCUCAAACGAUGCGCAAAGCAGCUCGGCGUUUCCGAAUACGCCGUCGUGUAUGCGGCCCUGGGCUUGGUGCUGGAUCGCCAUUGCAACCUGGGCAGCGAGGUGCACGACAUCGCCUUCGUAGCCGAGGGAAGAAACAAAACUGUUAAGGGCCACGAAUCAGUCAUUGGAUAUGUCGACCAAGAAUACCCGCUCAGGCUCCAGAUGAACCCCGAGCGCACUGCGGCUGCCGUGAUCAAGGAGGCUGAGCGUCUCAACACGUUGUCGACGACACAUGCCUUCUUUGCCGGCUCGGAACUCUUGGACGCCGUUUCGGCCAUCGAUUUCAAGCUUUCUGUUGCCGUCGGAGACGACGAGGGGCUACUGGCCGCUUCUGAGCCCAGCAACCAUUCCGUGGGAAUCACCGUGCAGAUCAGCCAUGCAGUAUCCAUCGUCGCGCAGCAUGACACGGCGAUCCCCGUCGAGAAGGUCAAGGUUGUUCUUGACCAUUUCACCAUGGCGCUCUCGGAAAUGGUCAAACACCCCAACUUCUUCCUCAGUGAGAUCGAAAUCAUCUCCCCACCGGAACUGGACCUUAUCCUGGAGAUGGGCAUGCCUCUUACUGUUCCUUCUCACGAUAACGUCCACAAGCUUUUCGAGCGCCAAGUUCUUCUUACCCCUGACGCCCCAGCCUUACAGUUUGAGGGAAAUCGUCCUUUGACGUACGACGAGCUGAACCGCAUCAGCAACAGAGUUGCACGGCACUUGCCUGUCGGUAGAGGCUCCUUCGUACCCGUGUGCCUCGAGAGGUCGGCGAAUCUCAUCAUUUCCCUGGUCGCCAUUCUCAAGACAGGGGCGGCCUAUGUCACAAUCGACCCCGACACGCCGCAGGAGAGGAACAACUUCAUUGUCGAGGAUGUUGGAGCCCAGGUUGUUAUUGUUGAUAAAACAACCACUGGUCGAUUCCCGGGCCGAGAGGUGGUCAUCGAGGAGCUCAUCGCGGAGUCGAUCCGAGCCCAGGACACCAACUUAGACCGUGCCUGUGAUCCCAGCGACCCUGUCUACGUGAUUUACACAUCCGGGUCGACGGGGAAGCCGAAGGGUGUGCUUCAUGUCCACUCCUCGGCAACAUCUGGUCUCGCAGCCUUCCCGACAUUGCCUGAUCUUCGCCAACUCCUCUUCCACAACCCCGUCUUUUCGGCAGCGCAGCGGUCGGUGUGGUCGACUCUAAAGCAGGGCGGCUGCCUGUGUCUGGCCAGCAAGGAAAACCUCACUGUCCACAUCGGACGCACGAUCAACCAGAUGCAGAUCAACGUCAUCGAUGUUACCCCUUCGACAGCGCUUCUCCUCACCCCCGGCACUGUGCCCUGCCUCAAACGGAUGACAGUUGCCGGUGAGCUGAUCAACCCGGCUCUAAUCCCGACCUGGGUCAAUGAGCUGGAACUGCUCAACGCUUAUGGUUUGAGCGAGAACACCCAAGUUAACUGGAGACGCGAGAUGGUGCUCGGUCAGAACCCACAGAACAUUGGCCGCCCAAGUGAUACCACCACCUCGUUUGUGCUCGUGCCAGGCACUACGCGUCUCAGCCCCCUGCUCGUUCCGGGAGAGCUUUGCCUCGGCGGUGAUCAGCUCGCGCUUCAUUACCUCAACCGUCCGGAGAAAACAGCGGAAGCCUUCAUCGACAACCCUUUUGGCCCCGGCCGCCUGUACCGAACCGGCGAUAUGGUCGUUGCCCACGAAGACGGGUCCAUCGAAAUGGUCGGUAGAAUCGACUUCCAGGUCAAGAUUAACGGUCAGCGUGUCGAGCCUGGUGAUUCCAACACCAUCUUGCAAACCCACCCUGAUGUCUCCAACUCUAGCGUUGUUGCCGCCGAGAUUGGUGGCCGCAAGUCGCUAGUCGCUGCUAUUGUUGCCAAAACAGGGUCGGCACUGGAGUGGCCGAGGCUGCGGAGCGAACUUAAGGACCUGCUAGCCCAGCAUAUUCCUAGCUACAUGAUGCCCACCUACUGGCUCUUGCAAACCGAGCUUCCUCUAAACGUCAACGGAAAGGUCGACAUCCCAAGACUCACCAAAGAUGUCCAGGGUCUUGGCAGAGACACCCUCUUGCGUUUCUCGACCGAUAACCACAGCGCACCCGAGAGCUUAAACGGCGUUUCCCAGGGCGAGGGCACCGCACACCUUACGGAACCUGCACAGAAGCUUUGCGAGAUCCUAGCCAGUGUCUUAAAGCUGACUAGCCCACGUAUCAGCACAAGCGAGAACACCUUCCAGGAGCUUGGGGGGUCGUCCCUCGACGCUAUCCGUGUCUCAACCAAGGCUUACCAGGACGACAUUCAAGUGUCAGUGCCAGACAUCCUUCGACUCCCUCUACAUGCCCUGCUUGGGAAAGCAAAGGCAUUGCGCGAGAAGGCCCACGAAGAUGUCCCACACUUCUCGUUGCUGCCCAAGAAUGCCAAUGCAAGGAAGAUGGACUACGUCGAAGACGCGUAUCCCACCACCUCACUACAGGACAGCUUCCUGGCCGACUCCUUACGUGGGGGUUCGACUUACAUCUACCGUCGUUACUACCGCUUGAAGGGCGUCUCACAUCAGGAAGUCCGAAAGGCGCUGGAGAGUCUGAUUCCGCGUAUCCCCCUACUCCGGACAACCUUCAUCCUGAACAAGACAUCCUUCCUCCAAUUGAUCAGGAAGACUGUCCCUGUCCUGUCAUGGGAUGACCUGCCGCAGGUGACAGCGCGGGAGUACUCGGCACUUGAGAAGCGGACCAUGGAGCUGGGCGGCAACUUUGUGCAUUUUGCUAGUCUCCGGGACGGCAUUCUCGCUGUUACCAUGCAUCACGCUCUGUUCGACUACUGGUCCAACAACUUCCUCAUCGACGAUCUAUCCAACGUCCUAGGCAACAAGCCGCUUCCACGACGGCCAGCCUAUGUCGACUUUGUCAAUCACACGCUGAAAUUGCAAACUGCGGAGCAGGCACAACUCAAGAAGUUCUGGCGAGACAAGCUCAAUGGCGUCCUUCCCACCGUUCUAGGCCAGACCACUGAGGACAGCGCUGUAGUAGAGGCCAUCCUCGCCCAGGAUGUUCAACACAUCGCAGCGUCACACAACGUCUCGAUCGGCUCUCUCAUCUAUGCCGUAUGGGGCGUUGUCCUCUCCAUGCACACCGGGCGUAACGAUAUCUUAUUCGGUGCCACGCUGUCUGGCCGCGACGUGCCCGUGCAGGGGAUUACCGACAUGGCCGGGCCGACCAUUGCUACAGUUCCAUUCCGUAUCCAGCUGGAUACAGAGACAUCCCUCCUCGACUUGGCCAGAACAAUCCAAGACGAAAUUUGGGCGGUUGCGCCCAAGGCUCAGUUCGGUCUGCGGAACAUCGUCAAAGAGGCAAACUUGACCGCAAAGCACUACGACACUCUAGUCAACGUGCUCAUCAAAGAUACCGAAGCGGUCGGGUCGGACCGUGAUAGCAGCCCCCUCGUGCCGUGUGAGCCCCACGAGCCGAACUUUGUCCCCGAUCAUACCAUGCUUGAAGCAGAGACAAUGGGUGGGAACGGCCUGAGAUUGCGUCUUCUUUCUGGCUUGACGCAUGCUAAAGCCUCGCUGCUGCUGGGAAAUGUGGCCGAGACCGUCAAGAUCUUUUUGGAACGUCCUGAUACCCGCAUCAGUGAUAUUGUUCCCACCUCGGUAGAGGAACUCAAGUUUUUGGAUUCCCAGUCCAACGUGCGUCCCACGGAGCCCGGUCUGACGGCCGUCACCCUUGUCGAUAGGAUCAUUACGCAGUACCCCGAGAAGACGGCACUCCAAGAGCUGUCAGACGCCACACGAAAGAGAGGGCUGUCCUACCGACAGUUUGGUGAUGCUGUCGACCGCCUGGCGCGUUACCUCCUGACCAAGGGAGCCAAGAAGGGCGACAUCAUCCCUAUUUGCAUGCGCAAAUCCAUCAAUACCCUCAUUGCCGUCUUUGGCGUUCUCAAGGCCGGCGCGGCCUAUACUCCGCUCGACCCCAAGAACCCUCGUGACCGAAACGACUUUAUCACACACGAUGUCGGGGCUACCAUUACAAUCACCGACAGCACACACUCAGACGUGUUUGAAUCGUUCACCGGUGAAGUGAUCAACCUCGACACCGUCGAUACCACGGGAGACAUUAACACAUUUGCCGGCGAGCUUCUGGAGCCUUCUGUCCGCGACCUCGCGUACGUCAUUUACACUAGCGGCUCGACCGGUCUUCCCAAGGGUGUGCAGGUGCACCAUGGCGCGGUAGGAGCGUCGACCGAGGGCAUGAUCGAGGCCUGCAACAUCGAUGACAAGUGGCACGUUCUGUGGUUCCUGAACUACGUGUUUGACGCGUCAUAUUUCGAUGUCUUUACCGUUCUCAGCUCGGGUGGCACCAUCUCGAUUGCCGACCAAGACACGUUGAUGCAGGAUCUCGCGGGCUGUGUCAACGCCUUUGGGGCUGAGCAACUAAUGAUCACGCCGACCAUCUCCAAGUUGAUCUCACCUGAGCAAGUGCCUACUCUAAAGGCCCUUCUUGUCUGUGGCGAGCCUAUCACCCCUGAGGUUGCUAGCGUCUGGGCAACCCGUAUGGACGUGUACAAUGGAUACGGGCCCACUGAGGCAACAAUCCUCAUGACCGUCUCCAAGGUUCUGCCUGAGGGUAAUCUAAAGAGCGUUGGUUACCCAUUGAAGGCGGUCAAGGCCACGAUCCUCCACCCUGAGCUCCUGGUCCCCGUUCCGUAUGGCACUGUGGGCGAGCUCUGUGUUGGAGGAGAUCAAGUCGCCAUCGGCUACCUCAACCGCCCCGAGCUAACAACCAAGGCCUUCACCACCGCAGCGGAUGGCUCACCAAUUUACCGCACCGGCGAUUACGCCCGCUGGCUUCCGUCCGGGGAGAUUGAGUGCCUUGGCCGAAGAGACAACCAAGUGAAGCUGAACGGCUUCCGCAUUGAGCUCGGUGAGAUCGAGAACACCAUCUUGACCCAAGCAGCCGACAUGGUUGAGACCUGCGUUGUCACUGUGGCAGAGGUCCAACGCAAGAAGCAAAUCGUGGUGUACUACGUACCAGUCGAGAAGCCGGAGGGAGAGGUCGCGAGUAGCAACAUGUACGCCACCGCGGUUGUCGAUCCUGUAACGAUCCUCGACCGGCUCCAGUCUCUGGCUCACUACAUGAUGCCCAAGAUCUUCUUGCCUUUCAAGGGUUUCCCACUUCUCGCGUCCGGCAAGAUCAACCGGAAGCAGCUCGCCGGGUUGGCAGAAGGGCUGGACCCCAAAACCUUGGCCGGAUAUUCCAGCACAGCGCCCAUUUCAAACGGGCCUGCUGUUAGCGACUCGGAGCUGACCGAGGAGGAGAGGACACUACGCGGUGCAUGGGCCGAGUUGUUCGAGGUUGAGCCUGAGACCAUUGACCCAGGCUCGCUAUUCUACCACUACGGUGGUGACUCAAUUGCUGCCAUCAACCUCGGCAGCAUGCUCCGCAGCCUGAACUUUUCUUUGUCGGUCAACGACGUUGUCACAUAUCCCUCCCUCAAGGAACAGGCCCAGCGUAUCAAACCAGUAAAGGCACCCAUGACCUCUGCCCUAGCGGUCAAGCUCGAGGUGAGCCAAACGGUUAAAGAUAAGCUGCAGGCGUCGGGCCUGUCCGAUGAUGACAUCGAGGACAUCUAUCCUUGCGGGCCGGGCCAGGUGGAGUUCUUGACGCAGGGGCACACCGAAGAUCAGUUCUGGAUGCUGAUGACGGUGCGCCGUCUCCCCAGCGGCUUCGACCUCGACCGCUGGAUCGAACUGACAAGGGGACUCACUCAAGCGAACCAGAUCCUCCGCGCCAUGUACAUGAAGCAGGACGACGCAGACCCCCUCAGCUGGGUGCAAAUCAUCCUCAAAGAACCAGUUAUGGACUUGGCCAUGGUCGACUGUGAGAGCGCCAACUCGGAAGAAAAGAACAAACUGAUCCUCAAGCACUGGGACCAGCGCUUCGCCAUCGGCCGCCCCUUCGUGCGCUACCUCGUCCUCCGCUACCCCGACGGCACCAUGGACCUAGCCACCAAGCUCGACCACGCCAUGUACGACGGCACGCUCCUGCGCAUCUUCGACGACCAGUUCACCGCCCUCCGCGACGGCCAGCCCAUGCCCGUUUCCCCCACCCCCUUCCGCACCUUUGUCGAGUACACCAACCAACCCGAGCUCCGCGACCCCAUGCUCAACUUCUGGAAGACCGCGCUCGCCAACAACACCUUCACCUUCCCCUCACACAUCGCGCACCCCAAAGUCAGCGCCGUCGCCCUCGCCCGCACCGCCAUUCCCGUCAACGCCUACGCCCGCACCGCCGGCGUCACCGCCAGCAUCGUCUUCCAGGCCGCCUACAGCCUGCUGCUGGCCAAGCUCAGCAACGCCCCCACCGCCGACGUCACCUACGACUACCUGCUGACCGGCCGCAACGUCGACCUGGACGACCCGCAGCUCAUCAACGGCACCUGCGCCAAUUUCCUGCCCUUCCGCUCGCGCAUCGGCGGUGGCGGCGACGGGAGCGUGCAGACGCUGCUGAAGGAUACGCAGUCUGGGUUCUGGGCCAUGACGGAGAAUGGGUCGGUUGCCUUGGGGGAUAUCUAUGGCAAGCAGGGGCUGGGAGUGGAUCGCGCCACGCACGCGGCCAAGACGCUGUUCUUGUUCCAGCCGUUUGAGCCGGCCCCGGCCGAGCAGGAUAAUAUGCGGUGGAUUGUCAUGGCUAUGAGCAAGGUGACCAUGUAUGUGAAUUAUGCGGUUAUGUUUGAGGUGUUUAAGGAUGUGGAUGGGGGGCAUAAGUUGAAGAUGGGGUAUGAUUCGAGGUUGUUUGAUGCUGAGCAGGCGAAGGGGGUGUUGCAGACGUAUCUGGGUAUUGUGCAGGAUAUUGUGGAUGGGAAGAAGACGGAGGUGGGCCAGUUUUUGGGUUGA